AAACUUUUUUUCACUUUGGUAAAGUGAGAAGCGUGCCGCGCGACCUUUUUGUUGGUAUUUCUCCUUUUCCUGACAGUGACCUGCCCCCAUGUCGUCGACGAUCGGUGCUUUGUCGACCCGGAGGGCGCGUACGCGUCGGGGCCAGCGUAUUCUCGACGCACGCGCUCCAAAAGUCGUUGAAAAUGUCAAGGUUGCCAUGUUUAUAAAGGCCCCCGGGAUAUCUUCGACGGUCACUCGCGUUCUCACCGACUUUUAUCACCUGAAAAAGCCGGAUGCCGUUUGGUAUCGCCGCAAAGAAUCCAACCGAAUCGCUCCGUUCGAAGACGUGACCCCGAUUGAGUUCUAUUCCAACCGCUCGGAUGCCAGCUUGUUCAUGUUUGGAAACCACAACAAAAAACAUCCGGACAACCUCGUCGUCGGCAGAAUGUACAACUGGUCGCUUUUAGAUAUGAUCGAGUUCGGCGUCAGUCAUUUCAAAUCACUCGACGAUUUCAGCAUGCCGACUCAGGCAGUUGGAAGCAAGCCCAUGUUUGUAAUAGCUGGCAGUGAAUUUGAAACGGAGGAAAUUUAUCAGGUGGCCGCCAAUCUGUUUGUCGACUUUUUCAGGGGCCACGUAGUCAAAAAGCUGAACAUUCAGGGCCUAGAUCACGUUAUUGCGCUAAACGUUACUCACACGGGUGAAAUUCAUUUUUCUCACUACAGCGUCCAUUUGAAGAAGACGGGGACUCAUAUACCAAAAGUUCAUUUGGAAGAAAUUGGCCCCUCUAUGAAUCUCAAAAUCCGUCGGUACAGACUAAGCACCGAGGACUUAAAGGCCGAAAGUCUGAAAGUUCCUUCCGUGUUGAAACCGGCCAAAGUCAAGAACGUCUUCAAAACUGCGCUGAGGUCUAAGCUCGGAAGAAUUCACAUCUCCGGGCAGGACCUGUCUAGAGUCAUGACGAAAAAAUCGAAGGGACUCAAAAGAAAAAGUAGCCAUCUGAAAGAUCGGACGUCUUCGCAGAAAAGAACCAAGCGACACUGAAAUCGAUUCGAUCAUUGAUCAAUUCGAACAGGUGACUGCUUCGACAAGAGAGAGGAGCCAAUCAAGACGGAGAAUGUCGCCAACCUCUGUCGAUUUGCCAGAAAAAGAGGGCAGUUCUAUGCGUUAGUCGGUCGGUACUAUUUCGUUUAGCGGAAGUUGUGACAGAUCUGCAUUCAGAAGCUGGAGAGAGAUUGUGAGAAAUGCCAGUCGAUCUUUUUUUUAAGGUUUUUUAUUCGCGACUGUGGUUAGUGCUUGCCUUGAAAAUGGAUUCCGAAAGGCUGUUGUCUUUCCCAUUAGAAUUUAUAGAUUCGCAAUUUGCGGCUUACUUGAAGGGGCGAGGGGGGCAGGCGACGUCUUCAAUCGAUUUUUAUAACUUUUGCGCAGAAGAGUUGUUUGAGGGCUUCGUCAGGGAAAUUUACGAUCGGGUACGAAAGGCGCGUUCGCAGCAAACAAAGAAGCAUAAAAACGUUUUUUCUCACAACGAGUGGUUUCUUAGAUUCCUCUCAUAAACGGCGUGUCGCUAGAGGCGAUUCGAGAUGAAUCGUUGGUGAGAUACCGUGGAUUUGCACAAGAGGUGUUCGAUCCGGAAUACUAUGAGGGGGGUUAUUACGAGUGGGAGGACAGGGGAGGGGAGAAGGAAGUGGUGCGUGAUGCGCGCAAAAAGGCACCUACACAAGAGUGUGUGCGCGAUGGUGUAUGGGCGUAGAAUUGAGGGGGUGUAGCGCGAAUUGAGACUGAGAGGUGUCUUUUCGCAUAUUAAUUGAACGGGAGAAGUUGAGGACAAGCAAGUAUAAGGAGGAGAUAAGGGCGAGUGCGGAGGGAAAGGAGCUGAAAAGACUGGAAGUACCGGCAAUAUACGAGCGCGUGCCGGUGUAUUGCAUACCGACGCCGGGGGAAGUAGAGUGGGCAGCAAGAAUGGCAUAUCCACGAAGAGACGAACAGAGUGGAGUAGGCAAGACGAUGCAGUCGUGUAUGGUCAAAGUGUAUGGGGAUAGAAUAUUGAAGAUGAAUACGAUUGUGGAGGUGGUGGGUGUGUAUACAGGUCCUGCAAACGAUGGUCAUAAGGGAGAAAGCUGGCCUGAAGUACCGAAGGUGCAUGUGAUUGCAUGGCGUAAUCUAGGAGAGGCGAAUCCGAUGAUGAUGGGCGGUUGGGGGACGGAAAAGAUAAGCACGUUGAAGAAGGAGGUGUUGAAAGCCCAGAUAUGUAUGGGGAGAGCGUUGAUAGCUUGGAUAUCGAAGGCGUUCAGUGGCGACGAUUUGGCGGCGGAGUACCUCUUAUACAACAUGAUAUCCAGGGUGGCAUUUCGUCACGAAGAAACAGUUGUGGGGAGUCUUCCAUUGAAUAUAACAUAUGCAAAUAGCAGCGAUUUGAACGUUGUUUGCAGAGUUGUGGAAGUAGUGCGAGCUCUUUUGCCAAAGUCCCUCUUGAUCAGUUUGACAAGACAGGAGCUGUCGAGUGGCCGUCUGAUAUCGCGACGAGACAUUGACCAGAAUCGUCUGCACGCUGGGAUGCUGCAGCUGAGUACGGGGACGCACUUGGUGAUAGACGAGGUAGCACUGGAAGAAGGGCCAUUGGGGAAAGAUGAACAGGAUCAGCUAGAAAAUUUGAAGAAAGUCCUUUUUUUUCAAAAGACAGAAUAUGACUUGGAAGUUUAUAAAAAGGAUUUUGAGAUGAAUAUUAUGCCAGUGGUCGUGAGCGAGGCUCGAAGUUUGUUUAAGCCUCUGUGUGUGGUUCCUCUCCACAUAGAGUGUUCCUGGGGCGAGAGGCUUCCGGCGAUACCAGAGUCCACCUUGAAUUCAUGGAGAGCGCUGAUUGCUAGAUGGCGCGAGUCAGAUUUGCCCCUUCCGUCCCCUGAGGCCAUGAAGCGGAUGCAGGACGAUUUUGUAAGAAUUCGCGCCUCUCAAGGUCCUCAGGCGCUCUCCGAGGGGACCUACGGCAUGUGGAUUACCCUGGCUCAGCUGUCUGGGAUCACUCUAGGCAAGCGCACUUUGGAUGUAGAGACCUGGGAGAUUAUUCUGGCCCUGGAGAACCGGCGGAGGAGCCGGUGCCAACGCGUCUCCGAAUAGCCGAAGCGUACUGGGAAAAAAAGCGCGCGGCCCUUCGAGCGAGGAAGCGGGGAAAGCCGGUCUGGGUCAAAGGCGUUGAGAAGACGCGGUCCCAGUGACUGAGCUAUAAGGAAAACAGAAUAAAGGUCAAAGAGGCAGUCUCGGGCAUAAACGUCAA